AGCCCGGGUGACACACCGAGACUGUCUCUAAAAAAAGAGGUUCCCUGGCAACCUCCAGGGCCAAGCAGACUUCCAGUUUGGGCUUCCAAAGAAAAGAGGGUUUGUGAUCACCCAGAGCCCUCAGGUGUUUGCCACUUUGAUGGGGGAGGUGGCCUCCCUAUUCCCCUCCACCCAUGUUUGCCUCUCCCAUUGGGUCCUCACCCCAGGUAGCCUCACUCUUGGGGGCAUUUCAUCUUCAACAGCCCCUCCACACACACCUUCUGUCCCUGGCUCCGGGCCCUAUCUCUGGCCUGGACACGCCCUUGCCUCGUCGCUGAACUCACCCCUGCCACUUCUUCAGUAAGGAUCCCUGAGCCCCUGCCACCCGCAGGACAGAACCCUGCGGGCUUCCUCCUGGCCUUAGGGUGGUCUCAAUGGCUAUAACCGCCUCUCCCCAGCCUGGUGCUCAGCCCUGCAUCUGUGCCUAGGAGGUGCUCGUUGAACGUGAAUGGAAUGAAUGAACGAACCCAGGACACGAAUCAGACACGACUUACAUACCUGCCUUUACCUGUGGUCCUUCCUCCUGCACUCUGCCACGCUGUUCCCACCAGUCUCAGCCACGUCAGGUCUGCAAGGCCCAUUCCGGCCUGACCCUAGCCCACCUUUACAAGAACCCCUCCAACCCCUCCCUGCGGUGCAGGUCCUUUCUGCUCCCCGGCCAAGCCCGGCCCGGCCCUUCCCUGACACCCUCUUCCCUUUCAGGCCCCGCCCCUGCACUGGCACUGCUCCCUAAGGCCCUCCCAAGGCCCUGCCGUCUGUCCUGGACCCACCCUGAGCUCCCUCCUACCCUGACCCUGCUGUGCGCGGCCCCGCCUUCCUCCUUGGUCACGCCCCCGAUCCUAGCCCCGCCCCUACCUUGACCCAGCUUUGCAAGGCCAUGCUCAACCACGCCUCCCUUUGGCCACGCCCCUGGAUCCUGGUCCCGCCCCUACCUAAACCCUGCUUGCGCGUCCCCGCCUCCCUCUUUGGACACGCCCCGGGUCCUGGUGCCGUCCCUACACUGACUCUGCUCAGCGACACCCCCAUUCGGCCCCGCCUUCCUCCUUUGUAACGGCUCCGGAUUCCCGCCCCUGCCGUAACACUGCUCCGCAAGGCCAUGCUCAACCCCGCCUCCCACUUUGGCCAAGCCCCUGGGUUCUGGCCCCUCCCCUACCUAAACCCUGCUUGCGCGGCCCUGCCUCCCUCUUUGGCCACGCCCCGGGUCCUGAGCCCGCCCCUACUCUUACGCCACUCGGCGACACCCCGCUAGGCCCCGCCUUCCUCCUAGCCCCCUCCCCACCCCAGACCCAGGCACCGCCCCCGAGCGUCUUCUACCCUGACCUGUUCUUCGAGGCUCUGCUCGGCCCCGCCCUUCUGCCGUGACCACGCCCCUGAGGCCUGGCCCGGAUCCUGCUUGGCCCCAUCCUCGAGUCCCCGUCCCCUUCCUGGCCUUGGCCCCACCCACCCCUCCAGGCCCCGCCCUCGGCCCCCCUCCGGGCUCCGAACCAGCUUCACCUUUGCCUGGGCCGGGCUCCGAGACCCCGCCCCCCGUUUCAGGACCGUUGGCACCGGGCUAACGGUUCCACCACAUCAGCCGCUCUGGACGCCCGCGGCCUGCCCCAGGCAGCCUGGCCCCUCCCUGCCUGUCCUGCGCGGGUGAACAGUUGGUGCUCCCACUGCUGUGCGUUCCUGGGAGCCCGUGCACCCUCUCUGGGCUCCACCCGGGCUGAGAGCUGGGGUUGUGGCAGCGAGGGUAGAGAGGUCGCCCCUAGAGAUACACUUUGAGUGGAUUCUGGCCAUUUGAGCAUUCUCUCCAACUCUCCGACCCCCAGUCUGCCCCCACGGGGGUCUCCCCACCACUCCCCCGUCCCACAGCCUAAACCCCUCUUCGCCCUGAACCUCCCUUUUCCUCAUGUGGUGAAUGGGCACUGGCCCCGCUCAGACUCCCAGGAGCACCAGAGCUGGCCCUGAGCCAAGUCCUGCUCCACCAGGACCUGGGGACACAGGUGACUCAGACCUGACUCAGGAAGGCUCAGGUCCUGCUGGCAUCCGCGGAGGUGGUGAGAAGGUGAUCAGAGCUGGGAUGGGGGACUCCCCAGGCAGAGGGGCACCCCAGAGGAGGCACAGGGCCCAGCCUGGUCGGGCUGGGAAGUAUGAACAGAGACCAGAAGGCCCCACCAGCAUGGGCAGCCUGGCCCAGAGAGAAGAUCUCCAAGAUGAUGCGGAUAAGAACUCAGCAUUCACCUGGGAGGUCCAGGCCAACAACCGCACCUACAACGCGCAGUUCAAGGAGAAGGUGUUCCUGUGCUGGCAGAAGAAGAAAUACAAGACCAACGUCAUCCGCACGGCCAAGUACAACUUCUUCUCGUUCCUGCCGCUGAACCUGUACGAGCAGCUCCACCGGGUGUCCAACCUGUACUUCCUCCUCAUCAUCAUCCUGCAGAGCAUUCCCGACAUCUCCACGCUGCCCUGGUUCUCGCUCGGCGCCCCCAUGGUCUGCCUCCUCUUCAUCCGUGCCACCCGGGACCUGGUGGACGACAUCGGGAGACACAAGAGUGACAGAACCGUCAACAACAGACCCUGCCAGAUUCUAAUGGGGAAGAGCUUCAAGCGGAAGAAAUGGCAGAAUCUGUGCGUGGGGGAUGUGGUCUGUCUCCACAAGGACAACAUUGUCCCCGCUGACAUGCUCUUGCUGGCCAGCACGGAGCCCAGCAGCCUGUGCUACGUGGAGACGGUGGACAUUGACGGGGAGACCAACUUGAAGUUCAGACAGGCCCUGAUGGUCACCCACAAAGAACUGACCUCUGUAAAGAAGAUGGCGUCCUUUCAAGGCACGGUGACGUGUGAGGCGCCCAACAGCCGGUUGCACCACUUCGUGGGGUGCCUGGAAUGGAAUGACAAGAAAUACUCCCUGGACAUUGGCAACCUCCUCCUCCGAGGCUGCAGGAUUCGCAACACAGACACCUGCUAUGGAAUGGUCAUUUAUGCUGGUUUUGACACAAAAAUUAUGAAGAACUGUGGCAAGAUCCAUUUGAAGAGAACCAAGCUAGACGUCCUGAUGAACAAGCUGGUGGUUGUGAUCUUCAUCUCCGUGGUGCUCAUCUGCCUGGUGUUGGCCUUCAGCUUCGGUUUCUCCGUCAAAGAAUUCAAAGGCCAGCACUACUACCUCUCAGGGCUGCAUGUGAGCAGUGUGGCCGCAGAGGCCUUCUUCAUCUUCUGGGGCUUCCUCAUCCUGCUCAGUGUCACCAUCCCGAUGUCCAUGUUCAUCCUGUCCGAGUUCAUCUACCUGGGGAACAGCGUCUUCAUCAACUGGGACGUGCAGAUGUACUACCAGCCGCAGGACGUGCCCGCCAAGGCCCGCAGCACCAGCCUCAACGACCACCUGGGCCAGGUGGAAUACAUCUUCUCGGACAAGACGGGCACGCUCACGCAGAACAUCCUGACCUUCAACAAGUGCUGCAUCAACGGCCGCAUCUACGGGCCAGAUUCGGAGGCCAGGACCCGACCCAAGGAGAACCCCUACCUCUGGAACAAGUUCGCCGACGGGAAGCUGCUUUUCCACAACGCGGCCCUGCUGAACCUCGUGCGGAGCAACAGGGACGCGGCGGUGCGCGAGUUCUGGCGCCUGCUGGCCAUCUGCCACACGGUGAUGGUGCGGGAGAGCCGCCACCAGCUGUUGUACCAGGCAGCCUCCCCCGACGAGGGGGCGCUGGUCACCGCGGCCCGGAACUUCGGCUACGUGUUCCUGUCCCGCACCCAGGACACCAUCACCAUCGUGGAGCUGGGGGAGGAGCGGGUCUACCAGGUCCUGGCCAUAAUGGACUUCAACAGCAUGCGCAAACGGAUGUCGGUGCUGGUGCGAAAGCCAGAGGGCACCAUCUGCCUCUACACCAAGGGCGCCGACACGGUCAUCUUCCAACGCUUGCACAGGAGAGGGGCAACGGAAUUUGCCACAGAGGCGGCCUUGGCUGCCUUUGCCCAGGAGACCCUGCGGACACUGUGCCUGGCCUACAGGGAGGUGGCUGAGGACAUUUACGAGGACUGGCGGCAGCGCCACCAGGAGGCCAGCCUCCGGCUGCAGAACCGGGCGCAGGCCCUGCAACAGGUGUACAACGAGUUGGAGCAGAACCUCAAGCUGCUGGGAGCCACAGCCAUCGAGGACAGACUUCAGGACGGCGUUCCUGAAACCAUCAAAUGUCUCAAGAAGAGCAACAUCAAAAUAUGGGUGCUCACUGGGGACAAGCAGGAGACCGCUGUUAACGUCGGCUUCGCCUGCGAGCUGCUGUCAGAGAAUAUGCUCAUUCUGGAGGAGAAGGAGAUUACCCGCAUCCUGGAGACCUACUGGGAAAGCAAUAACGACUUUCUAACCAAGAAGUCCUUGUCGCAGGUCAAGUUGGCCUUGGUCAUUAACGGAGACUUCCUGGACAAGCUGCUGGUGUCCCUGCGGAAGGAGCCGCGCGCCCUGGUGCAGAACGUGAACAUGGACGAGGCGUGGCAGGAGCCCGGCCAGUCCAGGAGGGAUUUCCUCUACGCCAGGCGCCUGUCCCUGCUGUGCCGGAGGUUCGGGCUCCCGCUGUCCUCGCCGCCGGCCGAGGAUUCGGCCGACGAUUCCGGAGCUCGCCGUCGGUCCGAGGUGCUGCAGGAGCGCGCCUUCGUGGACCUGGCGUCCAACUGCCAGGCGGUCAUCUGCUGCCGCGUGACGCCCAAGCAGAAGGCCCUGAUCGUGGCCCUGGUCAAGAAGUACCACCAGGUGGUGACCCUGGCCAUCGGGGACGGCGCCAACGACGUCAACAUGAUUAAGACCGCGGACGUGGGCGUGGGGCUGGCCGGCCAGGAGGGCAUGCAGGCUGUUCAGAACAGCGACUUCGUGCUGGGCCAGUUCUGCUUCCUGCAGCGCCUCCUGCUGGUGCACGGCCGCUGGUCCUACGUGCGGAUCUGCAAGUUCCUGCGCUACUUCUUCUAUAAGACCAUGGCCAGCAUGAUGGUGCAGGUCUGGUUCGCCUGCUACAAUGGCUUCACUGCCCAGCCCCUGUAUGAAGGAUGGUUCCUGGCUCUUUUCAACCUCCUGUACAGCACCCUGCCAGUUCUCUACAUUGGGCUCUUUGAGCAGGACGUGAGCGCGGAGCAGAGCCUGGAGCAGCCGGAGCUGUACUUGGCGGGGCAGAAGGACGAGCUCUUCAACUACUGGGUCUUCGUCCAAGCCAUCGCCCACGGCGUGGCCACCUCUCUGGUCAACUUCUUCAUGACGCUGUGGAUCAGCCACGACACGGCGGGACCUGCCAGCUUCAGCGACCACCAGUCCUUUGCGGUCGUGGUGGCCUUGUCCGGCCUGCUGUCCAUCACCAUGGAGGUCAUUCUUAUCAUCAAGUACUGGACUGUCCUGUGCGUGGUGACCAUCGUUCUCAGCCUGGGUUUCUACGCCAUCAUGACCACCAUCACCCAGAGCUUGUGGCUCUUCAGAGUAUCCCCCAAGACCUUCCCGUUUCUGUACGCUGACCGCAGUGUGCUGUCCUCCCCCUCCAUCCUGCUGGUGGUCCUGCUGAGCGUGUCCAUAAACACCUUCCCUGUCCUGGCCCUCCGGGUCAUCUUCCCAGCCCUCAAGAAGCUGCUCGCCAAGGAGGAGAAGGUGGAGGAGGGCCCGAGCGAGGAGAUUUUCGCCGUGGAGCCCUUGCCUCAUUUAUACCGCGAGUCUCGCACCCGGCGUUCCAGCUAUGCCUUCUCCCACCGUGAGGGCUACGCAGACCUCAUCACUCAGGGCACAAUUCUGCGGAGGGGACCAGGGGUCAGCAGUGACAUAGCAUCUGAAUCCAUAGACCCAUCUGAUGAAGAGGCAUUUUCAAGCCCAAAGGAGUCGCACUGGCAUCUCAGGAAGAUGUCCUUCCUGGGGAAGAAGAAGCGCCAGUCACAGGGGCAGAUGUCCUUCCUGGAAGCACAGCACUUCCCUACAAGUAGCUCAUCAUUUUCUAUGGAUAGACAAUCUGCUCUUUAUUCAGAAAACCAACUUGCCCUCCCCAGAUAUGUGCUUACCGGCACCCACAGGCUCUCUGGGUCUUUCCAGGAGCAAUUGCCAAGGGUACAGGAGAGGCCACUGUCACCCAAGCAGAGGCCAUCUUCUCCUGAGAAGUUGCCGUUGACCAAGGAGAGGUCAUAUUCUCAUCAGGAGAAACCGCCGUUGCACAGAGAAAGCCAGCUGUCAUCUUCUGAGAGCCAGCCACAGCCUCCGGGGAGCCAGUCAUUGCUUUCAGGCCAGCUGACAUUGGAGAGCCAGCCAGACUCCUCAGAGGAGAAGUCAGCAUUUUCGAAGCCCUCCGCACCAUUAUGGAAGAGCUGGCAAAAGGAGCCCCUCACCCCCAAGGAGGGGAUGGUGCCACUUCCAGACAAGACCCACGAAUCUCAGGUGGAGACUCUGCCACCAAGUCUGGCGGAAUCGUCCACGUCCACGAGCGAGCAGCCUAUGGAGGUGGAGCCCUGGCCUGUGGAGAAGCAGUCAUCAUCAUCCAUGGAGUGGCUGCUGGUGCCCGGGGAGGAGCAGCCAUCCUUGCCCCCAGAGGAGCAGUCAUUGCCCUCUGCGGAGGGGACCAGGGGUCAGCAGUGACAUAGCAUCUGAAUCCCUAGACCCAUCUGAUGAAGAGAGAUCUUCGAGCCCAAAGGAGUCACACUGGCAUCUCAGGAAGAUGUCCUUCCUGGGGAGGAUGAAGCGCCAGCCAGUUCUGCUGCAAGUCACCCAGCAUGCAGGGGCCUCCCUCUAAAGACAGGGGCUCCACAUGCUUUUCUUUUUCUAAUAAACCAGGGACCAUCUGACCCCAGCGCUAAUUGAGGCUCACUCUUUCCCUA